AUGGAUCAAGCAAAACUCUACUCCGAAUUCAACAACCUGCAGAUGAGAGAUGAUCUGUACAUUCUGGAAAAAUACUGGCAUUUGAUAAAAUUGCCCAAAAAGGCAAUGAAAGUUAUGGACGUUGGCAGUGGGGAUGGAAAGUUUACUGUGAAACACCUAGUGGAAAAAAUUCCGAAAUUCGAAAAGCUUGUUGCAGUGGAUAUUUCCGAAAGUAUGACAAACUUUGCUAAACAGAAUCAUGUUCAUGAAAAUGUGGAAUUUUUAAAGUUUGAUAUAGCUUCACAGCAUAUUCCAGAUGGUUUCCAUAACAGUUUCGAUUACAUCUUCUCUUUCAUGUGUCUCCACUGGGUUGAGAAUCAAAGGGCUGCAUUCAAGAACAUUUUCGAGUUUUUAAAACGCGGUGCUGAUUUCUUUGCAGUAUUUGUAGUCCAUAAUCCUUUGACAAUAGCAGUAAGAGAUUUAUUGGAAAGCAGCAGGUGGAAGCAUUAUAACCACGAUAAAUAUUGGCCGGGAUUCCAAUAUGGGACCAAUCCUAAGGAAGAGUUGCAAAACUUAUUGACACAAACAGGGUUCGUCAACGUCCGUUGUCAUAUCGAGGAAAUGACUUAUACUUUUCCCAAUCUAGAAAGCUUGGAUGGAUUUGCCUUAUCUUUGAACCAUGUUAUUGUUUCCGAAAUUUCCAUAGAAGAUAGAGAAGAUUAUAUAAGAGAAUAUUUGAGAAUUGUUAGAACACUGCCAUCUGUAACAAUAAGAAAAGAAGAUGGUGAAGGAGAUGAAACAGCAACAUUGGCAUAUAAAUAUUUUGUAGCUAUUGGCACCAAACAGUAG